AUGCCAGCAGAUGGUGGCCUAGCCUACCGGCAGUACGUCCAAGGCUCUGGUAUAAUUGUUCGCAACUGUCCCCCAGGAACGGCUUUUUCAAUAGAUUCCUGCUCUUGUUCCUUAUUCAUAAACGAGGGGGUUAUUGAUAAGCGUCAACAGUCGUUCUCAGGGAACAAUCCAAACCUCGCAUCUCUCUUUCCAAUACUCAUGCAGAACUCCAUCAACAAGCAGAAAGGUCAGACAGAUGCCUUAAUGUCUCGCGAUCAAUCAUCCCUUUACCAGCGAUAUAAUGCAGCCAAAGGAGGCCAGGCAAUGAAAUCGAGGAAUUUGGCUCCAUAUGAUCCACUAAAGAUGCAGGUUAGCAAUAACGGUCUUCAUCUUAUUUUAUUUUUGCUAUUGGCUCAUCAUUUAUUUCUUCAUUCUUUCCUUUCUUUUCUUUCACUCUCUCUCUCCCUUCCUCUCUCCCUCUCCUAUAUCUGUCCCCCUCUCUCUCUUUCUUUCUUUCUUUCUUUCUUUCUUCCCUAA